AAAAAAUAAACACCCAUAUCUCUGAUAUGCUUGGUCAUCGGUAUCCGCAACUGACCUGAUCUGGGCUAUAAGAGUAACACUUUAGGCCCACGAUUUACUGGCUCACUCUUCAUUGGCACGCCGCACGCACAGCACGCACACACAAACACAAAACGCUGCUUCUACUCGCUUGACAUGGACUCGGAUAAGCUCGUCGAAUGCGAGAUACACCUUGGUCCCAAUCCCCUGAAACCUGUGAACGUAUCGUAAGCUCAACAGUCUUCAGGAUGUUAUCCCUAGGCCUAAUCGCAUGAUUUGCAAUCCCAGGAUCACACCCCAAAACGCCCGGGAGCACUGCAAUGAAGUGCGGGUAUACACACCGAUGCUCCCGGUCAACGCGCCAGCUUCCCAGGCGUUAUCAGUUGUCCACAGUAAGCCUGUGGACAGGCUGGUGAUAGCUGAGGUGAUCGUAACUACGGAAUACCACGAUUUUGACGGAAGCAGCUAUCCACGAAUAGCCACGAGGCUGGAUCCGAAUCACUGCGUCUGGCGAUCGGGGGUGACGGAACGUUUUGGGAUACCUUUCUACCCCGGAUACCUGGUCUAUAGAUUUGGCAUUGAGAUUCCGGUUGGAAUCCCUGUUGGUGGAUGCAGUGUCAGCGCCAGAGUCAGGGUUGUGACGGAGAGAUGGGAUUCAACGACUGAAACAUGCCAAGAACAUAGUGCAACGUGGUAUGAUGCAGUUGAGCACGCAUCCAACCGCCAACCCUCAUAGCCGUUCUCUGGUCCUUUAGCCCUUCGACCCCAAUUAGCAACUUCGCCGUUGUGCAUGCCCGUGGACAUGCUCGAGUGAAAUGAUCGGCCGGUAAGUUAAACGAUAA